UUAAUUAAAUCAAUGAGUGAUGACGAUUCCAAUCAAGUUAUUCUUGCAGUCACUAAAGUUGGAUGUAUGAUUGCGUUUUUCUUGUUAAUCCUCAUCGUAGGCAGUCUGCCGAUCAGACUCAAAGCAUUCAAAUCAAAUAAGGUAAAAGUCACUUAUGAAAGGGUCAGAAACUUUUAGCUUACAUGGGGGCAUUUUCUGGAGGUCUAUUUCUUGCAGUAGGCUUAGUUCAUUUGUUACCAGAGGCAGCCGAUAAUUUUGAUUCGUCUUUCGAGGAUGAAGAAGAGCAUUUUCCAUUUGCUUAUGCAAUAUCAAUAUUAAGUUUUGCGCUAAUACUUUUUAUUGAAAAAAUAAUAACAGAUCAUCACCACGAUCAUGGACAUGAUGAUGACCAUCACCAUCAUGAAAGCAAUUCCAAAAAUACUUAGGUUUAAGAUUAAAAUCAACUUUUCGUGAAUGGAAGUGUAGAUACUGAAGCACUUUUGGAGAAACACAAUACGGAAGAAACUUUUAAGGAUGCCCUAAAUACAUAAGUAUAAAACUUGUUAAAUUUGUAGUUAAUAGUAGCAAAGAAAGCAUCAUUUGUAUAAAUGGUAAAAAAAUCAAUAGCACAGGAUCCAAAAAACUCAAUUGUAUAUUAGGACGUGAACACAUGGGCUCCUUACAUCUUAUAGAUAGCUGUUGGGAUCCAUGCUGUUUUUGAGGGAUUGUCAAUAGGUAUUCAGGAGGAGGUUUCUUUGUGCGUAGGGAUAGCAGUAGUGGUGUGUUGUCAUAAAUGGGUAAUGAAUAUCUAUAUAGUAUAAAUUAUAGGCUGAAGGGAUGACUUUGGGUCUUGCAUUUAGGAAGGCAGGAGUGAAUAAGACGACCUCUACCUAUAUGAUAUUGAUUUAGUCGAUCAUGAAUCCAAUCGGAAUAGGAAUUGGGUGGAUUAUGGCUGAUAAAGGGCCAUUGUAUACAGGAAUAUUUGUGUCAAUAUCAGUGGGGACAUUCAUUUACAUUUCCACAAUGGAGACAUUGACGGAAGAAUUUUCAAUUGCUCAAUAUAAGUGGGAGAAGUACAUAAUCUUUUUGGUGGCCAUAGCAUUUGUAUCAAGUUUGUGGUUUGUAGAGUAGGCAGUAGGAGGAGAUUGAAUUGUUAUCCAUAUUAAUUAUAUAUUUAAAU